AUGCAGACCCGGAGUGAAGCGGCCAUGACAGUUCUAAGCGGCCACGUGGUCGUCUGUAUAUUUGGAGACGCGAAGUCGGCUUUGGUGGGCCUUAGGAACCUCGUGAUGCCUCUGAGAGCUAGCAACUUCCACUACCACGAGCUGAAACCCAUCGUGUUUGUGGGUUCUCUGGAGUAUCUAAAGAGGGAAUGGGAGACCCUUCACAACUUCCCCAAAGUCUCCAUCUUACCUGUGAGUAGAGCUAAAUCACAUUUUGAAAAUUGAUGUCGUCAGUGUGUUUUCCUCCAGAAGAAAGACACAAAAGGAAUCAAAUCAAAUCAAGAAAUAAAAAUGUAUUUGUCACAUGUGCCGAAUACAACUUGUGUAGACUUUACCAUUAAAUGCUUGCUUACGAGCCCUUCCCAACAAUGCAGAGUUAAAACUAAAAAAUAUAAUAGUAACACAAGAGGAAUAAAAUAAAAUGCACAACAAUGGAGCUGUAUACAGGGAGUACAAUACCAGAUCAAUGUGGAGCUACAUACAGGAAGUACCAGUACCAGAUCAAUGUGGAGCUAUAUACAGGAAGUACCAGUACCAGAUCAAUGUGGAGCUAUAUACAGGGAGUACCAGUACCAGAUCAAUGUGGAGCUAUAUACAGGAAGUACCAGUACCAGAUCAAUGUGGAGCUAUAUACAGGGAGUACAAUACCAGAUCAAUGUGGAGCUAUAUACAGGGAGUACAAUACCAGAUAAAUGUGCAGAGGUACGAGGUAUUGAGGGAGUACAUGAAGCAGGGCUUAAGUGGACUAGCAUCAGGAUAGAAAUACAUAAGUUAUUUGAGGGUAGAUAUGUCCUGAAUGAAGGCAGGGUAAAGUGACCAGGCAUCAGGAUAGAUAAUAAUAAGGUAUUUGAGGUAGAUAUGUACAUGAAGGCAGGGUAAAGUGACUAGGCAUCAGGAUAGAUAAUAAUAAGGUAUUUGAGUUAGACAUGAAGGCAGGGUAAAGUGACUAGGCCAUCAGGAUAGAUAAUAAUAAGUAUUUUGAGGUAGACAUGAAGGCAGGGUAAAGUGACUAGGCAUCAGGAUAGAUAAUAAUAAGGUAUUUGAGGUAGAUAUGUACAUGAAGGCAGGGUAAAGUGACUAGGCAUCAGGAUAGAUAAUAAUACGGUAUUUGAGGUAGACAUGAAGGCAGGGUAAAGUGACUAGGCAUCAGGAUAGAUAAUAAUAAGGUAUUUGAGGUAGAUAUGUACAUGAAGGCAGGGUAAAGUGUGUAUAUGGUGUGUAUAUAUAGUCUAGUGAGUGUGCGUAGGGUCCGUAUAGAUAGUUCGGGUACCAUUCAUUGAUUGUUUAGCAGUCUGGUUAUUUAGCAGACUUAUGGUUUGGGGGUAGAAGCUGUCUCGGAACCUGUUGGUCAAAGAGCCGAUGCUCCGGUACCGUUUGCCGGACGGUAGCAGAGUGAACACUCUAUGGCUUGGGUGGCUGGAGUCUUUGGCAAUUUCUGGGGCUUUCCUCUGACACCGCCUGGUAUAGAAGUCCUGGAUGGCAGGGAGCUCGGCCCCAGUGAUGUACUGGGGUGUCCGCACCACCCUCUGUAGCGCUUUGCGGUCAAGGGCGGUGCAUUUGCCACACCAAGCGGUGAUGCAGCCAGUCAAGAUGCUCUUCGAUGGUGUAGAACUUUUUGAAGAUCUGAGGGCCCAUGCCAAAUCUUUUUCAGGUUCCUGAGGUGGAAGAGGCGCUGCCGUGCCUUCUUCACGACUGUGUGGGUGUAUGUUGGACCGUGUUAUGAAUGAACUAACUGAAACAGAGACUCAGCGAUGCGAUGUGACCAUUCACUCUCUAUACAAUAACUGUCUUUAUUUAAUGUUACAUCGCUGUUUACACCUUUAAAUGUUAUCAUGUUCAAAUGUUCUCAGUUCCCGUCUACUUAAGGGAGUGGCUCUCCCAUAGACACCAAUGUGAUAGCAGCUGGGUCUACUGGGUUUCCAUCCAAUUGGCGACUGAUUUUCUUGUUAAAAGCCAUCUAUGUCUAUUUUAUGUACAAUGUUGUACAAGGUAUUAUAAAAAAAAUAACAUUAUCUUUGCUCAUCUUAUUAUAACUCUCCUAAACUAUAACUACUGUUAUAAUUAUUAUAGAAUAACAUAAUGUUUGGUCAUCUCCUGUCACAGGGCACACCGUUAAGCCGGGCCGAUCUGAGGGCCGUCAAUAUCAACCUCUGUGACAUGUGUGUCAUCCUGUCGGCCAAUCAGAGCAAUAUCGACGACGCUUCACUGCAGGACAAGGAAUGCAUCCUGGCGUCACUCAACAUCAAGUCCAUGCAGUUUGACGACAGCAUCGGGGUGUUGCAGGCUACCUCCCAAGGUAAGGAAGGGGUGUUGCAGGCUACCUCCCAAGGUAAGGAAGGGGUGUUGCAGGCUACCUCCCAAGGUAAGGAAGGGGUGUUGCAGGCUACCUCCCAAGGUAAGGAAGGGGUGUUGCAGGCUACCUCCCAAGUAAGGAAGGGGUGUUGCAGGCUACCUCCCAAGGUAAGGAAGGGGUGUUGCAGGCUACCUCCCAAGGUAAGGAAGGGGUGUUGCAGGCUACCUCAAUGCUCUACAGGUCCUGGCAGGAAAAAUAUCCCUGUGUGUGUGUGUGUGUGUGGUGUGUGUGUGUGUGUGUGUGUGUGUGUGUGUGUGUGUGUGUGUGUGUGUGUGUGGUGUGUGUGUGUGUGUGGGGUGUGUGUGGUGUGUGUGUGUGUGUGGUGUGUGUGGUGUGUGUGUGUGUGUGGUGUGUGUGUGUGGUGUGUGUGUGUGUGUGUGUGUGUGUGUGGUGUGUGUGUGGUGUGUGUGUGUGUGUGUGUGUGUGUUUGUGUUUGUGUGUGUGCGUGCGUGCGUGUGUGUGUGUGUUUGACAGGAACCCCUGGUGAUGAUUGUUCCUCGGGUUACAAUGACUAGAUCGCUACUGGUUGGUAAUUGGCAUUAUCCUGGCAUAAAGCAAAUUAAAUUGUAGAUUAUAAUACAAAUUUGAUUAUUAUUAUUAUUAUUAUUAUUUUGUAAUCAAUCUUACCCCAAAACAUCAUGUUUUAAUAUUAUAUCAAACAAUUCCUGACAUCGUGUGAGGAGUGGAAGUGAAGAGAGAUGGGCUUCAAUAAUGGACUGUCAUUCCUGUCCUGGCACAUAAUGUAAUGCUUUUAGGGACCUGAAAGAAAAAAAGGUCCUCGCACUUUGGUUGUUCCUCUAAUACUCGUAUGACCUAGUGGUUUGGCUUAGUCAGCAGCAAGUGACAGAUGUCGAAACACAGGCUUAUGUGGUUACUUGUCAGUCUGAGGAGAGGAAAGGGACGUCAAGUCAAUUUAAAUUCACUCUCACGUCACUUGUAUUUGUUGUUUCGUGGCUAUGUUAUGUAUGACAAGAUUUUUAGACGGUGACACUUUGACGGAAAACAAAAUGAGCAACAUGUAACAUUUACUAGGUUAUAUUUGCGGAUGGAGGCAACUCUCAUGAAUAUAGCUGAAUUCUCAACAUUGUGUAAUAUUGUCCUACUUCAAAUGACUUGAAUGUGACCAAGAAUGGCUAAAAUAUGUUAUACCGUACUGAUAAAUCAUCAUAUCAAUUCCAUUUUCUUUCUACCACUAUACGUUCUUCAGAGAAUAGAUAAGUGCCUCGUAAAAUGAAUAUGGUUUGUGUUAACACGUUACUGUAGGCCUUACAGUGUAUGCAUUCAUAAGGCCUUCAUAACAGCUAAAAUAAGGCAUUAUAUCAUCUGUCGUAGGGAGUCAUAGGCACCUAUGUAUGUUUCCAUGUAGGUUUCACCCUGCCAGGCAUGGACAGGUCCUCUCCUGAAAACAGUCCAGUUCACGGGGGCUUGGCCCGACAGGCUUCCAUCACAACAGGAGCCAACGUCCCCAUUAUCACUGAACUAGGUAUGUCAGCAGGUAUGAAUGAAAUGUCACUUUGGCAUUGUCCUUAAAGAGGGUGAAAUGGGUGAAAAGGAAGGUUUCAUGGAAUUAUAUACAUCAUUUUUUUUUUGUAUAGUUUAUAUAGAGUGAUGAAAAAAACACCAAAAAUGAAUUGCCUCAUUGAGAAUAUUAAAGUUUUUCUAAUCUAAUCUAAUCCAGUGUGGUAUAGUACGGAUGUUUCAGGUUUUUAAUCAACUAAACAGACCAGAAUUCCUCAGUCAAUCUGUACUUUCUAACAUUGUGAAGGUGAUUUUCAUGUUUUCAACCAUUCAUGACUGAUAAAUUAAUCUAAUCUUAACCUCUUGAACAUGCUUCAUCCCGUAACUAUUUCUCCCUGACACUUGUCUGUAGCACCGUUAGCAAAACCAGCAGCCAAAGUCCUGCCUGUGGUUUCAUUCAGUCAGGAUACAAGCAGUAGGAUCAACAUACAAAUAAUAACAGAGCUGGGUAAGAAGCCACUGCCUCAGUGUUGAUCUGCAGCCGCCGAGCCGCCGCCUCAUCCUCCUCCAAAAAAGCUUCCUUUUGAUUUCUCUGGCUUCCUGGUCCAAGAGGCCUAGGCUGCACCCCAAAUAGCACUCUAUUUGUUAUGUAGUGCACUAUGUAGGGAAUAGGGUGCCAUUUGGGAUGUAGCCUUAGUCUGGUUCAUUCACUUUGAGCACAUUGCAUUAUGCAACUCUGGGUUCUCUUGUUGACUGUCUUGUUUUUCCUCAGUUUCUUUUCUUUCUCAAUACAAGUCCUUGUGUCUGUUUCCAUAGUAGCAUCUUAGUUCUGUUUCCAUAGGAACAUCUUAGUUCUGUUUCCAUAGGAGCACCUUAGUUCUGUUUCCAUAGGAGCAUCUUAGUUCUGUUUCCAUAGGAGCAUCUUAGUUCUGUUUCCAUAGGAGCACCUUAGUUCUGUUUCCAUAGGAGCACCUUAGUUCUGUUUCCAUAGGAGCACCUUAGUUCUGUUUCCAUAGGAGCACCUUAGUUAUGUUUCCAUAGUAGCAUCUUAGUUCUGUUUCCAUAGUAGCAUCUUAGUUCUGUUUCCAUAGGAGCACCUUAGUUCUGUUUCCAUAGGAGCACCUUAGUUCUGUUUCCAUAGUAGCAUCUUAGUUCUGUUUCCAUAGGAGCACCUUAGUUCUGUUUCCAUAGGAGCAACUUAGUUCUGUUUCCAUAGUAGCAUCUUAGUUAUGUUUCCAUAUUAGCACCUUAGUUCUGUUUCCAUAGUAGCACCUUAGUUCUGUUUCCAUAGUAGCACCUUCGUUCUGUUUUCAUACACUUAGAAAUAAGGGUAUGGUUAGGGUACAUUAUUGUCCCCUAUUGUACAAAAAUAUUAAAAUACACAUAAUGUACCUUCAGAGGUACACAUAUAAUCUCGCAUGGUACUGUUCGGUACCUUUUAGGGUACAUGUGCGGCUGAAGAGUAUAAUGGUACAUUUUUGUACCCAAUAUUUUGAAUAUAAAAGUUCAAUAAUCACACACUCACUCUCAACAACACGGGUACGGUGUGAAGGUAUAUUUCUGGGCGGCAGGAAGCAUAGUGGUUAGAGUGUUGGUCCAGUAACUUAAAGGUUGCUGGUUCGAAUCCCUGAGCCGACAAGGCUCUGUUGAUGUGCCCUUGAGCAAGGCACUUACCCCUAAUUGCUCCUGUAAGUCGCUCUGGACAAGAGCAUCCGCUAAAUGACUAAAAUGUAAAUGUUUCCCAGGGUACAAACAUAUUUUGUGUACCCUCAAUACCCACCAUGGCAGAAUUUCUUUAACCUAAAGGCACCAAUAAAAGGCACAUUUGGACCAUAAUUAUUAUAAUAAUUCCCAGAAUGCUCUACUGCAGGUUGAUUGUAGAAUUGUUUUUAAUAUCUGUGUUUUUGCAUGUAAUUUAAUUGAUUCAUUAAUCUUAUGCUACACAAAGAUAAAUAACAUACAUUUUUCGAAACUAAUCCAAUCAGACUUUUUGCACCAUUACUGAAAUGGUUGUUCCAGUUUAGAUGGCUUAGGUAGUCUCCUCACAAUGUUCCUAACCCUGCCGGUCUUUAUGAAUGCAGGUUGUGGGUGAAUAAAAAUUCCAUCUGUUGGAUAUCCUAAUUCUGUCUGAGUUCAAAUAGGAAUUACACAUCACAUUGUAAACCAGAAUAAUGUGACUUGCAGGUAGGGUUGCAAAAUUCUGGCAACUUUCCCAACAUUCCCAGGUUUUCCAGAAAUCUCAGUUGGAAGAUUCCUGGAAGCGUGAGGGAAUAAGCAGGAAAUCCUUCAACCAGGAUUUGUUGAAAAUCUGAGAAUUUUGGGAAAGUUACCAGAAUUUUGCAAUGCAAAUUAAAAUGUCAUACAAACUUCUUGACGUCAUUGAUAAUCAUGAUAUAUGAACAUUGUCUAACAGCCAGUAUACAGUACCAGUCAAAAGUUUGGACACACCUACUCAUUUAAGGGUUUUUCUUUAUUUUUUACUAUUUUCUACAUUGCAGAAUAAUAGUGAAGACAUCAAAACUAUGAAAUAACACAUGGAAUCAUGUAGUAACCAAAAAAGUUUCUUCAAAGUAGCCACCCUUUGCCUUGAUGACAGCUUUGCACACUCUUGGCAUUCUCUCAACCAGCUUCAUGAGGUAGGCACCUGGAAUGCAUUUCAAUUAACGGGUGUUCCUUGUUAAAAGUUAAUUUGUGGAAUUUCUUUCCUUCUUAAUUCAUUUGAGCCAAUCAGUUGUUUUAUGACAAGGUAGGGGUGGUAUACAGAAGAUAUCCCUAUUGGUAAAAAUACCAAGUCCAUAUUAUGGCAAGAACAGCUCAAAUAAGCAACGAGAAAUGACAGUCCAUCAUUACUUUAAGACAUGAAGGAACUUUGAAAGUUUCUUCAAGUGCAGUCGCAAAAACCAUCAUGCACUGUGAUGAAACUGGCUCUCAUGAGGACCGCCACAGGAAAGGAAGACCCAGAGUUUCCUCUGCUGCAGAGGAGAAGUUCAUUAGAGUUAACUGCACCUCAGAAAUUGCAACCCAAAUAAAUGCUUCACAGAGUUCAAGUAAAAGACACAUCUCAACAUCAACUGUUCAGAGGAGACUGCGUGAAUCAGGCCUUCAUGGUCAAAUUGCUGUAAAGAAAUCAUCUUAGUUCUGUUUCCAUAGUAUCAUCUUAGUUCUGUUUCCAUAGUAUCAUCUUAGUUCUGUUUCCAUAGCAUCAUUUUAGUUCUUCAUAGAUCAUAUUCUCUGUUUCCAUAGUAGCAUCUUAGUUCUGUUUCCAUAGUAUCAUCUUAGUUCUUCAUAGAGCAUAUUCUCUUUUUCCAUAGUAGCUUCUUAGUUCUGUUGCCAUAGUAGUUCUGCUUCCAUAAUAUCAUCUUAGUUCUGUUUCCAUAGUAGCAUCUUAGUUCUGUUUCCAUAGUAUCAUCUUAGUUCUGUUUCCAUAGUAUCAUCUUAGUUCUGUUUCCAUAGUAUCAUCUUAGUUCUGUUUCCAUAGUAUCAUCUUAGUUCUGUUUCCAUAGUAUCAUCUUAGUUCUGUUUCCAUAGUAUCAUCUUAGUUCUGUUUCCAUAGUAGCAUCUUAGUUGUUCAUACUGUAGAUCAUAUUCUCUGUUUCCAUAGUAUCAUUUUAGUUCUUCAUAGAUCAUAUUCUCUGUUUCCAUAGCAUCAUUUUAGUUCUUCAUAGAUCAUAUUCUCUGUUUCCAUAGCAUCAUUUUAGUUCUUCAUAGAUCAUAUUCUCUGUUUCCAUAGCAUCAUUUUAGUUCUUCAUAGAUCAUAUUCUCUGUUUCCAUAGUAGCAUCUUAGUUCUGUUUCCAUAGUAGCAUAUUAGUUGUUCAUAGAUAAUUUCUCUGGCCAAUGACCUCCUUCCUUUCAUCGGACUCUUGUCAAAUCUGACUGAUGUUUAUUUUCGCAUGCGGCUGGAAGUCCUGACAGAAGUAGCACUUCUGAAACAAAACUCAACAUCAGUACUUUCUUUAUAAAAGCUGUAGGUGUUUUUUUGUGCUCAAAGGUGUAUUUCAAAAAUAUUGACAUCGUUUUUGGGGCGGUAAAACAAAGAUAUGUAACAAGACUUAUAUCUAUAUUUACUGUAUUUCCAAGACAAAACAAUGUCUUAUUGGUGUUGUUGAUACUGUAGAUUGUGUUGAAGUUCAAAGCUUGAGGCUUUUAAUAUGCAUGAAGUCAUGAGUGCAUGAACAGCCAGUAUAUGGGCUGUAACAGCUGAACACAAAGCCAACCAGAGACAAUACUCGUAGAGACAAUACUCGUAGAGACAAUACUCGUAGAGACAAUACUUGUAGAGACAAUACUUGUAGAGACAAUACUCGUAGAGACAAUACUCGUAGAGACAAUACUCGUAGAUACAAUAUAUGUUUGCUUCCAUAGAAGAUGCCUAUAAACAUUUGAGAUCUUCUCCAAGUAACAAAAAUGAUUUGAAUGUCUACUUAUGAAAUAUGAAAUCACCUCUCACUCUCAUAUCAAUCCAUAUCCACAGUCAUUGGCUGUUUAAAGAAUCUGUGUCAUCAGGCAUUGUGUACGUAACCAAUGACUGAAUCUGUGACGCUUCACAAUCGCUGUUGGAUGUGAAUAAUGUUCUCAUAUUAAGUUGCACAUUUACUGCAAGUCUGUGUGUACAAGUAUAUGUUAUGCAUGAUCAUUAUUUCCUCCAUAUGGUUGAACUGUUGAUCAAAUGGAGUUAUACUAUACUGUAUAUCGAACAGCCUGACUGUCAUGCUACGCUAUGACACUGUAGUAGCAUACAUAUCAAUAUGUCAAUAUUUUUAAUGUCUUCCCCACCAGUGAACGACUCCAAUGUUCAGUUCCUGGACCAGGAUGACGAUGAUGACCCUGACACAGAGUUGUACCUCACUCAGCCCUUCGCCUGUGGGACGGCUUUCGCA